GAGCAACCCCUAAAAAUGUACAUGUACGACAAAGAUGCCCAAAAAUUUGAAAAGUAUUUGAACAAAUACGGCACAAACCUCAGAAGAAUAUACAAAACCAAGAGGUACAGGAAAUACACCCUAGAAAAGGUGAUGCUGCAGUACUUGAGCACGAUCAGUGCGGGAAUACCGUCAACCAGUGAUUCUGUACGCUACUCCGAUGAGUGCAAGGUCAUAAAGAUUUACGACGUGGACAAGGCCUCAAAGGCUCUUUCAUGGUGCGUAACAACCAACUGGGAGGGCAAGUACGUCAAUUACAACCGAAAACGGUACCUCUGGAGCAGCACAGAUAAAAUUAAUUUGCUGUUGAGGGACUAUUUCUAUUAUUUGAAGGGACAGCUCAAAAUGGUUAAGGACGGUCUUAGACUGGCGGGGAUUGAACCGAUGGUUUUUAGCGAUGAGAGCGAUGCAAGUGAGCAGCAGGCGGAGAAUUGUUCGAGUGUGGACGGCAGCGAUGUCGCGAACACUUCAAGUGCGGUGUACCGUGACUUAACGGCGAAUACCGGUGAUUUUAAGGAUUUGGAACCGUCUUCACCCGCUCACGCGAGUGCCGCACCGUCUUCAUCCGCUCACGCGAGUGCCGCACCGUCUUCAUCCGCUCACGCGAGUGCCACACCGUCUUCACCCGCUCACGCGAGUGCCGCACCGUCUUCAUCCCAUGCAGCCAAUUUGUUGCACACAGCCGAUGUUCCACCAAACGAAGAAAACAGCAUCAGCAAUCCUUUAAAAACACCAAAUGAUGCACCAGCCACCAACACAAGCGUGUCGGACCAAGGCGCUGCCACGGUCGUUGCAAAGGCGAAGAGCGGAGCCAUCGGCACAACGAGCACAAAAAAAAAAGAAAAUACCAAAAAAACGGAUGCAGCCGAUGUAGAAAACGAGGAUACGCCAAAGCCGGUGGAAGGACCGGGCAAGCCGAGCGUUGUAACCGAACACAAGGCAGGUAACCAGCCAAAGAAGAGCAUGCCCUCGCGCAAGCAAGAGUCUGAAAAGGGAAGCACCAAGAAAAACAGCAACGAAAAAAUAAGAAAAUCUCAAAAACACGAACGAGCACAGACCAAGGAACUGGAAAUAGCAUCGAUGCUCCGCAUGUCACGGGAGAACGGCAGUGGUAAAAACUGAUAUAAAUAAAGUUGUGAUCACUUUCUGUACUGCAGCAGUUGUGCGAGGGGUACGGCGUAGAUGAUGAAUUGAAUUUGUCUGCUUCUCCUUGCGCAUCCUCAUGAGCAAAUACACCACCUCUCACGGUCGGUUACGUUCAUACACACCCUGUCCGAGGUGACUCUUCCUACCACGAGGUUUUACACGAAAAUCGAUCGUGUCGUGGUGGCAGAACAGGUUACACGUGCUUAAUAACUCAGGUGCAAGGCAGGCUGCCUCGUUGCCGAGCGUUUCUACGGCACCGUACCAAAUGAACGUACCACAUUUACAAUUUGUCUUUGGCGAGCUGCACCACCGUGACCUGCGAUAAAUGGUGAUAUUUCCAACGUAGAAGUAUUUUUUUAUCACGUGAAAUACGGAGCACCUUAUCAUAGGGGCAUUGCACUGCUUCGUGCGGUAUAAAACAUGGCCGGUACUUCUGUGUGUUGUCGAUUAUCCCCUCUGCUAUGUUCUGCGUACGAGCACACGCCAUAUCACAUCUUAGAUUGUUUUGCUAAAAUUACCACGUCUUGAUGUCAACGCUGAGUAAAGUAUCCCCUUGAGUAACAGCAUUUGUAAACCACGUUCAGCGUUGUUUUGAUGUUUGUCGCCAAAAAAUAAAUUAGGUCAAGAACCGUGUGCAAGCCGUACGGCUCAUAAAAUUGUUCUCAGCGUGCUACGGCCUAAUAAAUGAGGGGUUUUGUGAUGCACCUGGCUAUCGAGGCGUAAACUGAAUGUGGUAAAUUAAACAUGAUCUGUCA